CGUAAAGAUGGAAGGAGAGCAGCUGGACACUGAGAAAGGGGAAGGACGGAGACUCCUCGGCGGCCCUGGCCUUUCUUGCCCGUCCCCUUCUUCCCCCCGCUCUUCUGCUCAUCCCUAACCCUAAUCCUAGCCUUGGUGGCGGAUCUAGCUCUCGUUUCUCCUCCGGAUUGGAGAAUGGGAAUGGCUUCCCAGGACGCGAUCGAGCAGCUCGCCGCGCUCAUGGACCAAGUGGACGAGCCGUUGAAGAUCACAUUUCAGGAAUAUGGAAAGAGAUGGAUGGAAGAAGAAGGCAAUGGGAGAUUGGCUUUUGUCUUAAGGAUGGGAAGCACUUAGUACAGUCUUGUGCAACUUUGGUUCACAGGGUCUUCUGGAGUUAUGUUUGAAUGUGUGUUAAAGUCCAGAGGCAUAAUACUUCUCAUAUACUUCUAUCCAUGGUUGGUGGCCAUGGAAGAGAUGUUGAUCAGUCGCUGUAGACAAAGUCAAUGAUUUGUCUUGCUGCUGGAUGUUUGAUUUAUCAUGGUACUUUAUGUGUAGCUACUUUCUUAUGGGGCGUUUCCUCCAAAUGCUUGAUAUGAGAGUUGUCUGCUCUGAGACUCUGGGCCAGUUGGAAUGUGCACCAAGGAUAUACAAAUGAAACUUUGGUACGCUUUCUCAAGGCGAGAGAGGGGCAUGUUACUAAAGCUUAUAAAAUGCUGGUGGAUUCUUUGAAUUGGAGGAUUCAAAAUGGGAUUGACAACAUUUUGUCUAAACCUAUAAUUCCAACAGAUUUAUAUAGAGCAGUACGUGAUUCGCAGCUCAUAGGAUUGUCUGGAUACUCGAAGGAGGGCCAUCCAGUCUUUGCAAUUGGUGUUGGACUCAGCACAUUUGAUAAAGCAUCUGUCCACUACUAUGUGCAGUCACACAUUCAAAUUAAUGAGUACCGGGAUCGUGUAGUUUUGCCUGCUGCAACAAAGAAGUAUGGGCGGUAUAUUGGCACAUGUCUGAAGGUCUUAGAUAUGACUGGGCUAAAGCUUUCAGCAUUGAGCCAAAUAAAGUUAUUAACCAUCAUAUCUACUGUUGAUGACCUAAACUAUCCAGAGAAGACAGAGACUUAUUAUAUAGUCAAUGCUCCGUAUAUAUUUUCGGCUUGUUGGAAGGUUGUCAAGCCUCUUUUGCAAGAAAGGACAAGAAGGAAAGUGCGAGUACUGCAAGGUUGUGGCAGAGAUGAGCUAUUGAAGAUAAUGGACUAUGCAUCCCUUCCCCAUUUCUGUAGAAGACAAGGUUCUGGUUCAUCUCGGUAUUCUUCUGCUGAGGCUGAUGACUGCCUCUCCUUUGACCAUCCGUUUCACCAACAGCUUUACAGCUACAUGAAGCAGCAAGCCUUAAACCAGGAAUUCAUUGUUCCUUUCAAACAAGGGUCCUUCCAUGUAGACGUGCCUGAACCAGACUCUGAGGGAACAAAGAUUGUUAAAACUUUAGAGUCUGAGCUCCACAAGAUCAGUGAUCAAAAUGGGCUUGCUCGCUCGAUGACCGACCUUAAAAUUGAGAGCGCAUGAAGGUGCACCUGCUGGGGACAGUAUUGAAAGUUAAAACUGCACUUUGCCUUUGCUAAUGCCUCAACCAGUUGCAACGGAUUGUGCAGUAGAUCAGUAUGUGCUCUUCCACUAUUUUGGCUCCAGACACAACUGGCGAUAUAAUGUGAAGUGGGUGCACUCUCUCAGUGCAAGCUUUAUAGUGAGGGUUGAAGACAGCAAUGAAGGUCUCUUUCUAAGUAGAAUAGAAACGUGCAAGUAAUAGUGCAACUUAAUCUGAAAAUAUACGAAAAUUUUCGGUAGGCUAAGUACUUAAAUCUGUAAGUUAAAUAUUACUAGAAGCAUCGAGUAUUUUGCAUAUUGAAGUAUAUGCUGUAUGUAGGAACUAUAAUUUUCAGGGCAUAAUAAAAUGAAAUUUUCUGGUAA